AUGCAAAACGCAGACCUGUUGGACCACACCACAGAGGAGGCGAAGGUCUUCCACACUCGCUUCCGGGUACCUCACGCCUUCUUUCUAGAACUGGUGAAGAUGGCGAGGGGGAAGAAGUGGUUCUCUGUGCGAGAAAAGGAUGCUGUCGGACGUCAGGGGAUACCAAUUGAACUGAAGUAUUUAGUCCCGCCGUGCAAGGUGGCUCUGGCACGCAGCGUACUUCCCGUUGUCCGUGUGUGAUACACCUACACCGCUCGCUGUAUGUACGUUCAACACAGAUAGUUCAGGUGGUGAACAGCAGUGGUAUUCCGAACAUGUGCCGGUGCGUUUGGGUCGUGUUAUACAGCAAAAACCUAAUGCACGCGUUUUCCAACUGAGCUCGAUGUAUGUGAGUACACCACGCAUGUCAACAGCAAGGUGCUCACGAACGCCUUGUAGCAGGCAGAUACACAGCAGUCAAGCUGCUGCUACUCAAGUGCUUCAAUUAAGUUGGCCAAUGGCCGUGAGAUACAUGGUAUGCACACAGCAGCUUGUGUAUUUCAUACUUGUGCGAGAUACAUACGUCCAGUGACGUUUGGUAUAUUCCAGUUCGAUGUACAUUGGCUUUGGCUUCAGGUGGCGAAGCCGCCAUUUGUCUGUCUCGUUGGACGUUCACCCACCGUCACCCUAUUUGGCUUUCAACGCGUCAAUGGUGCAACACACGAGUAGAA